UCUGUUUUUAAAACUUAUUUUAAUUGUUCCCAUUUGUAAAAGAAUUGAAGUCCUGCAGAGACCUUUUUGGUCUCUAGUGUAGUGCCUUUGUGUGUUCAAUUCAAGAUUGUUUCCUCUCAUUCUGCCCCAGUAGCACUGUUUGCCUUAGGUUUUCUGUUAGAGGACUAGUGAUUAGUCUCAGAACUUUUGUAACAGAAAACAGAACUUCCAGCUCAUGGAACGUCAACAGCUUUAGCAUUAUUGUCUCUGAUGUUCUAGUCUAACUGCCUCUGGGUAAGCCUUGUAUUUGAGUUGCAUGUUUGCUGGAUCAUCUGUUUAGCCAACAGGAUGGCCUAAACUCCCCCAAAUUAACAAAAGUAAAAGCAAGCUUUAUUGCCUUUGCUAUUUUUACAUUUUGCCUUUUAGAUUGAAAUGUGUCAACCACAGUACUAAGAAAUAAAUAGACUUGACCCAAAGAAAAUUGGCGUUCUUGAUUUUGAGACAAUGAUUUGCAAGGAACAAAUAGUUCAGGAUCAUUGGGUGGUCUUGAUGUUCGUAGAAGAAUCCCUAUAAAGCUUAUCUCAAAACAGACCAAUAAAACCAAACCUGCACCUCGAACUGCAAGAAAUAUGAACAGGAUGCCUUCAAAGACACAAGCUGGUGAUGAAGAAGAAUUUGAUUAUAAUGAAGAGGAGCGAUAUGAAUGCAAAGGGGGUGAAAUGUUUGGAAAUCAAAGGAGAUUCCCUGGACCGAUCUUUUGGGACUAUAAGAUAAAUUUGCUGGGAGAAAAGGAUGAUACACCUGUCCAUUUCUGUGAUAAGUGUGGAUUGCCCAUCAAAAUGUAUGGACGCAUGAUACCUUGCAAGCAUGUUUUCUGCUAUGACUGUGCUAUACUACAUGAGAAAAAGGGAGACAAGAUGUGUCCAGGCUGUAAUGAACCGGUGCAGCGAAUUGAGCAGUGUGUACGGGGGUCUCUCUUCAUGUGUAGCAUUGUUCAAGGGUGCAAGAGAACGUAUCUGUCCCAGAGAGACUUACAAGCUCACAUCAACCACCGCCAUAUGAGAGCUGGAAAGCCUGUUACUCGUCCUCCUCUUGAACCUGUUCAUCCUCCUAUUGCUCCACCCAUAAUGCCACCUGACAAACAUCAUAUGAGCCACAUUCCGCCAAAGCAGCACAUCAUGAUGCCACCACCUCCUUUACAGCAUGUGCCACAUGAGCAUUAUAACCAGCCACAUGAAGAUAUUCGUGCACCUCCUGCAGAGAUGUCAAUGGCUCCACCACCACCUCGCCCAGUCAGUCAGGACACCUUCCGCAUUUCAACGAGAAAACACAGCAAUUUAAUAACUGUCCCUAUACAGGAUGAUUCGAAUUCAGGUGCUCGAGAACCACCUCCACCAGCCCCAGCACCUGCUCAUCAUCAUCCUGAGUAUCAGGGUCAGCCAGUGGUGUCGCACCCUCAUCAUAUUAUGCCUCCUCAGCAACAUUAUGCACCACCACCCCCACCACCUCCACCGAUAAGCCAUCCACUGCAGCAUCCUCCUCAGGCAGCAGGUACUCCUCACAUGGUAUAUAGCCAAGCUCCUCCACCGCCAAUGACCUCUGCUCCUCCUCCAAUAACCCCACCACCUGGACAUAUAAUUGCCCAGAUGCCACCGUAUAUGAAUCAUCCUCCUCCAGGACCUCCCCCUCCUCAACAUGGAGGCCCACCUGUAAAUGUAAAUGCUCCCCCUCCCCAUCACUAUAAUCCUAACUCUUUGCCACAGUUCAGUGAAGAUCAAGGAACUCUCAGCCCCCCUUUCACACAGCCAGGGGGGAUGAGUCCAGGGAUUUGGCCCGCUCCGAGAGGGCCACCUCCACCUCCGAGAAUGCAAGGGCCUCCUGCUCAAGCCCCACUUCCUGGACCACACCACCCUGAUCAAGCCAGAUACAGACCCUAUUAUCAGUGAUAUGAGCAAUUAUAUGAAUAGAGAGUGCUAUGAAGAGGAUAAAACUAUAUACAACAGUCUUUUAAUUAAUGUUUUGGGGUUGUUUUUUUAGAUACUGUCAUUUUGACUGUAAGACAUUUUGGGGUUUGAAUCUUAAAUAAUUUUUAAGCCUUGGCCGUAGGACUCCAACUUCAAAUAUUCUGUAGUGCUAAAAGAAGUGGCUUAGUAGACCACAGUUGCGUUUUAACAGAACUUCUGUCGCUAGUGUGGCUAAAUUGUCCUAAGAUGAACACUUGUAAUAUUACUUCCUGGAAAAAAUGAACAUGCGUUGUACCAGUCUGAAUAUUGUUUUUGUUAAAUCCAAUGUUUAGUUUCACUUGUGAUACAUUUUUGUUAACCUGUGUACGAUAAUUGAAUUGAAACAUGGUUGUAAAA